AUGAAGAAUCUCUUGUUCUUAUCUUCCUUCAUUCUCUUGUGCGCUUUGGCCAAUGCCUCUAAACCGUUGGUGUCAUCCUUUGUGACACAUCUUACAACAUCUCUCUCUUUCUUGUCUCAUGAAGACAUUGACGACGAGUUUGAUGUCCACGAAAUUUCCACGGCUCAAUCUCGACAGUUAUCUAACGACUAUGACCGUUACUAUGUUCUGUUAAAGGAUAAAUAUACUGUGCUCAACUUCACGAAGCAACUGAUUACUGUUACGCAUAAACCGGGAUUCAAAGAUACCGAAUUUAUUGGAGGGCAAAAUAAGAGUCUGAUUGUUAUUUGUAAGGAGUUGUUCUUGCUGAGCGACCCUUUCAAAAUCAUGAUUCAUUCUUAUGCCCGUGUUCCUGACUUAGCCAGAAUCAGUCCUUCGGUCAUUGCUGCCUUGUCCAAGGCAUCGAACAACCACAGUGCGGUUUCUUUGACGGUUGCUAGUGCGUCUGGUACCUACAAAACCUUCGAUUUGACGUUUGCUGGAUCUCAGGAUAAAGAAGAAAACAACAUAGCCCCCGCUAUCAUUACCAAGUCUCUGAAAGCAUUGAAGACGGCCGGUUCACUGCAACAAAAAGUAUCGGCUCAACGAAUGGUCAAGAGUUCACUGGUUCAGCCUCUGUCUCCUCUUUCAACUCUGAUUGCGCAAAAAGGCUUUGACCGAAUUGAACUCACUCCCAAGUGGCAGUAUCACAGCCAUCUCCGCCAGCUCAAUGAUUAUGCGCGUCAAACAAUUGCUGACGGAGAAUAUAUUGAUAACGAGAACAUUAAAUUCUAUAAAACGCAUAAUUUGAACGGUAGAAAUGUCGUUGUGGGAGUGGGAGAUUCUGGAGUCGACUUAAAAAAGCAGCAAGUGGAUCAGGAAGUCAUCGUAAAAUCAAGCUGUAUGUACCUCUCUUUGGAAAUGACGAAGCUGAAACUGAUGGUCAUGGGACUCAUAUGUGCGGAACAAUUGCUGGGUGUCGCUCCUGAAGCCAGGAUCGUGUUGAUCGAUUUGCAAGAGGGAGAUGGUAAUAUGCAGAUGUAUACUGAUAUUUAUAACAAGUACUACAAGCAAUACGUAUACAACAACAACGUUCGUAUUCUAUCCAAUUCGUGGGGAUCUUCCUCAUAUACUUAUGAUUCGGUCUGUUCUCUCACAGAUAAAUUUGUUUGGGAUUACAAGGACAUGGUAAUUCUCUUUUCUGCUGGAAAUUCGGGUGAUGAAGGAUUUGGGACUGUUGUCUCCCCUGGAUUAUCCAAGAACGUUAUCACUGUGGGCGCUACUCUUACGGAACGAAUUGAGAACGGAAUGCACUUCACUAUUUACUUCUCCUCUAAAGGAGAUCCGGAGAGAAGAAUUAUCAAGCCUGAUAUUGUUGCUCCGGGCAUCCAAAGAUCGGCGAAGUCCUUAAGCAGUGAAGACUGUGGUUCGAACUGCAACGAUCACGAUGGAGUUUGCGAAAUUCAAGGAGCAACAACUGCAAACGCCGUUGCUUCUGGAGCUGUUGCUCUGAUCACUCAAUACUUGACUGAAAAAAGCUAUCAUAACAGAAAUAUUGAGAAGCAGGCUUCCCUCAUUAAGGCCAUGCUAGUUCACAGUGGUCAACCUACUCUCGGAUACUGCGAACAAGAUUUGUCUUGCUACACUUAUGGGUCAAAUCAUUUGUAUUAUGAGGGACAUGGCCGAAUUCAGCUGGAUCGCGUGCUUCAUUACGCUGGCGAAAGCGAUUUUGAGUUAUUCCUGUAUAAUGGGCAGGUCAAUUACGAGAAGGAAUAUUUCUCUUUGGAAUUCACGAUUACUGACAUAUCCUUUAAAAAAUAA